GUCUAUGUGUAGUUUGUAAGUUUUCUAUCGUAAAUUGUCGUGCCAAGGUAGAUGCAGUUUCUUGACCGCGCAAAAUUACUUGAGAAAAUUUUAGCUAUAGAUACUGAAAUCCCGGUUAUAAAGCAAUCAACGAGUCCAGGACCACUGUUAACGCACCAUCAGCAUCAUCACCAUCAACAACAGCAACAACAUCAGCAACAGCAACCAUCACAACUCCAACAACAACAACAACAACAACAAAGUACUCCAUAUACGGCAUCGUCAAGUGUUAUACACAUAAAGUCCGAACAAAAUGUAGUACUUUCUCCGCAGCACCAACAACAGCAAGCCCAACAGCAACAGCAGCAGCAGCAGCAGCAGCUUGUUAACGGCCUGUCACAGCAUAACGGUCCACUUUCAGGGUCAGGUGCGAAUAACCAACUCCAACCAUUGGCAAUACCACAUCGGCCAUUACUGCACAAUCUGUUGAGUGGCGGCUCCAUACACAAUUCACAUCACAGGACCUAUGGAGCACCCACAACAGGUUCCUUUCCACCCAGUCCAGCUGAUAGUGGCGUAUCUGAUGUGGAUAGUUCUAGUUCUGGAGGACAGCCGUGUAGCGAUGAGAUAAAAGCUAGGCUUGGCAUACCCGCACAUUGUCACCCGCAUGCGUCUCACGUGACGUCAGGAACAUUUCUACAUCCCAAUCUGUACCAAAAUUCGGCGUCAUUGCGGAAUAUAUGGAAUCGAAGUGUUGGAACGCCAGUUAUGUGUCCAAAAAGUAUCUAACAACUUGAUACUGGG